AUGUCGAGAAGAUACGAUUCAAGAACAACUAUAUUCUCACCUGAGGGAAGAUUAUAUCAGGUCGAAUAUGCACAAGAAGCCAUAUCAAUGGCAGGAACUGCAUUGGGGAUAGCCUCCAGCGAAGGUGUUGUAUUAGCAUGUGAAAAGAAAGUAACGUCAAAGCUAUUGGAUGAUGAUGGAAGUGCAGAAAAGUUGUACAUAAUAAAUGACCAAUUGAUUUGUGCUGUUGCUGGUAUGACUUCCGAUGCCUCGAUAUUGGUUAAUAAUGCCAGAGUUCAAUCACAACAAUACUUGAAAACUUACAAUGAAGAAAUCCCUUGUGAAAUUUUAAUCAAGAGGGUGGCAAACAUCAAACAAGGCUAUACACAACAUGGUGGGUUGAGACCUUUCGGUGUUAGUUUCCUAUAUGCUGGUUGGGACGACAGAUAUCAAUAUCAAUUGUACACCUCCAACCCUUCAGGAAAUUUUAGUGGCUGGAAAGCCACCAGCAUUGGUGCAAACAACGCGGCUGCGCAAACUUUAUUAAAGAAAGAUUACAAGGACGAUUUGACUUUGAAGGACGCAUGUGAAUUGGCCAUCAAAGUGUUAUCAAAGACGAUGGAUGCAUCAAAUCUCAAUAGUGAAAAGCUAGAAUUUGCUACAUUAAGCUUGGGCAAAGAAGGCAAAGUUUUGCGCAAGAUUUGGAGUGAUAAAGAUAUUGAUGCUUUGAUUGAGGCAAGCGGAGUCUUGAAUGAUAAACCAAAUGAUGACGAUGAUUGA